AUGCGUAUCUCAUCUUCGAUACUCCUGUAUAGCCUCGUAGCGUCAUCCAAAACUCAGAUCACAGGGACGAAUGAUCACCGAUCCAAACUCAUAGAGGGCAUCAAGACUCUCAACGAUACUUUGGGACGUCGCGUUCACCAUGCCGAACCGUUUGCCCUUGCUUGCUUCACCUCCUUUAAAGGCGCCGCCACAUCACGAAAUGAAUCACUCUGUGCGGAGCGCCAAGAGAACUAUCACUCUCCAGUAUACCGGAGCAACGUCGCUGCCGCCUACAUGUACGAACAAUCCACCAUCUGCGCCUCCGACCCCCUAUCGCAAGACCAGUGUCUUCUCAACACCACUGACCCCCUCGAUCCUGAUGCAUGGAACGGUGUCGACUGCAGGCUUGGCAACCUGCCCUCGUGGUGGCUCGAGGUGGAGGAAGCCGAAGACGUCGUCGAAGCGUUUGAUUGGGCUCGCAAAACCGGCGGCAAGUUGUCCAUCAAGAACAGCGGACACAGCUUCGUCCUAGACAGCAGCAUGAAGGACUCUCUGCUCCUAUGGACGCGAAACUUGCGUCAUGUGCGUCAUGAAGCCGACUUCAUCCCGGAAGGAUGUCCCGAUGAGCAGUCUUUUGAUGUCAUCACAACCGGUGCGGGCGUCAGCUCCGCCGAGGUUUACGAGUUCGCGGACUCAGUCGGGCGAACCAUCCUCGGUGGAUACUCACCGACCGUCGGGAUAUCCGGCGGCUGGGUCCAGGGCGCUGGUCACUCGGUACUGUCAAACGUCUACGGUCUUGGUGUCGACCGCGUUAUCCAGUUCACUAUCGUCACGCCUGACGGCUCCACACGGGUAGCCAACCGCUGUCAGAACACAGAGCUCUUCUGGGCUCUCCGGGGCGGAGGAGGCGGCACUUUCGGCGUUGUGCUGGAUUCUAGCCAUCUUGUAGAGCCUGUGGUGCCCAUGGCUGUCGCGGAUAUAGGCGUUACUCCGGAUGACAAAGACGUGUACGGCGAGUGGAUGAACCUUCUUGUCGACACUGCCGUGGCUCUCGCCGAUGACGGCUGGGGCGGGCAUAUAUACGGCAACUCUCUGGUGCACGUCUCGCCUCUCAUGACUAACAUCGAGGAGGCGGAGGGGUCUCUGUCGAAACUCAUCGCUUUUGCGGCUGCGCACGGCGGACACGCCAACAUCACCAUAGCGCCAAACUGGCUGAGCUUCUUCAAAGACCACGUCCUCGUCGACUCCAUCGCCGUCGGCAACCUCAGGCUGAUCAACACCCGCCUUGUGCCCGUCGAUAUCUUCACCAACACGACCCUCCGCGACGGUCUCAAGGGCUUCUUGCGCGAAAUGAUCGCCCAAGAAGUGUCGCCGUACAUCCCCGUCGACUCGCCCUACCUCUUCCGCCCCGACGCACUAAACCCGUCCGCGGUGCAUCCGGGCUGGUACGACUCGUUGUGGAUGGUGGGACGGCCGUCGCUUUGGGAGUGGAACAGCACCUUGGAGGAGCGGGUGGGUGUGGUGAGGCAGAUGCAGGCGAAUACAGAGAGGCAGCGGGAGGUUACGCCGGGCGGGUUCACGUACAUGAACGAGGCUAACCCUUUCAUGAGUGAAUGGGAAGAGGCCAUGUUCGGGGAGAACUACGAGAGGUUGUUGGAGGUCAAGAAGAUGGUUGAUCCGGACGGGUUGUUGAGCUGUUGGAGGUGUGUGGGAUGGACCGAUGAAGAGGCGCUGGCAUCUUGUUAUGGGGCUUUCAAUGAUGUUCAAACGGCAUGA